AUGGGUCAAGGUGGACUAUAUUUCUUGCCAGAAGGGUCAUCUGCAUCAAAUUCGUCAGAAUCUUCAGAAUCUCUCAGGGAUUCACGGUCGCUGUCAUAUAUCAUCGCCUUCCUCUGUCUCUUCGACAUAAUUGCAGCGAAUCUUUGUGGAUUGGUCUACUGUUUGUUACAAGUAUUUUUAAUCAUAAAUUUUAUCUCUUUUUUUUAUCAGAGUCGCCAUCAAAAACAGGAAACAAAACCAGCCAAAGUGGAACCAGAGAAGCCUCCUGUCAAGCCAGCAGAGGACCUAAGUAUAUCCAGGGAACGACGCACUGAAUUCCUUCGCAGUUACAAGAUAAAGAAAAAGACCCAGAAUAAGGAAGAAGUGCAGGUGGGCACAACCAUCCAUGUUGACCCAAGGCGUGUUCAUCAGGUUCUGCCAGUGGUUGCGGCAACUGGAACAGUUGCUCCACGUGACCCUAGACGGGCAAAUGAAAGCAACAAAGAUCCAAGGAUACCACAUGAAAAUUCAAGGGAUCCUAGAAUAUCUGAGGGUUCUCGUGAUCCAAGAAUUUCAAGUGAAAAUGUCAGGGAUCCGAGACUUGGUUCAGAAAUUUCAAGUAACAAUAUAAAACCAACCAAACAAAGUGAUACGCAAGUUACUUCUUCAAGAGAUCCAAGAAUAGUAGCCAAGGAACGUGAGAAAGAUAAAUUGAAAGCUCAACGAAAGAGUAAGAAAGAUUCACCAACUAAAACCAAAAAAGAAAAAGAUAUCAAGCCUACAAAGAUUGACUCACGAUCAUCGAGGUCAGCUCAUCGGGAAAAAGAAAAAGAGAAAGAAAAAGAAAAAGAAAAGGAGAAAGAGAAGGAGAAGAAAGAGAAAGAAACCUCUGUUUCAUCUUCAAGAUUGAGCUCAAGCCACACAAAGAAACCCCCAGAACCUGUACCGCCUACAGAAGAGGCAGAGAAUACUGCCUCUUUCAAGAGCAGCCGUAAUAGUAAGAGAAGAGCCUAUAAACCCCGUGAGGAUAGUCCAGAGGAAGCCACUUCACCAUCCAGCAGUGGGAAGCGAUCCCGUGCAAAUCGAGACUCAGAUUCAGAUGAUAGUGACCAUUACCAGGCUAAUAAACCAAACCCUGCAUUGUACAAUAAGAAGGGUGAGUAUAGGGGUAGGUUUGAGUUAGAGAGCAGAGUUGGGGUUUCCUUGCCUGGCUGAGAGCAAAGAAUGAAGAUCUGCACAUACUAGGAGGGUGUUGCUCCUCCAUAGUAGGUCAGUUUUUUGCUCUAGUCCAGCCCCAUUCAUGUAUGCUACCAAAGACUGUAAUUUAAUAGACAUUUUAUAUUUACUAUAUUUACUUGUUUUUAAGAAUAUAUAUGAAACUCUAUAUAAAGAUGUGACAACAAAAAUAAAUGUCUCCAUUAUAAAUAACUUAUAUUUUUGUAAUUAUAGCUUCUUGAAAUAAACCCCAUCCCUUA